CUAAAGACAAAAUACCACCGAAAGAGAGCAUUUCUGAAACAUUUUGAUUUCAGAAACUUUUUAAGUCAAAAGAAAAACAAAAAAAGCAUGCAGCCGGAGAAUUUCGAGCUCUACCGUUUCCUCGCAGAAAACGGCGUCGGAUCCUACGGCGGCUUUCCUUCCGGUUCCGAGUUUCCGGCUAUGCAAAGCUUCUCCAGUUCCUCGACGUAUUACCCUUUGGAGAUGUCCGGUGUUACCACCGAAACGACACCGCAUGAUAAAGCACUUGCGGCGUUGAAGAACCACAAGGAGGCGGAGAAGCGGCGGAGAGAGAGAAUUAACUCGCAUCUCAACAGGCUUAGAGCCCUUCUCCCUUGUAAUUCUAAGACAGACAAGGCUUCACUUCUAGCAAAGGUGGUCCAACGAGUAAAAGAACUAAAAGAGCAAGCCCUCGAGACAACUGAGCUCGACAACUUGCCAUCGGAAACUGACGAGAUCACUGUGCUCUCGUGCGAUUACUCGGGCGACGGGAGGUUGAUAUUCAAGGCCUCGUUGUGUUGCGAGGACCGAUCCGAUCUUUUACCCGAAUUAAUCGACAUCCUAAAGUCCUUACACUUGAAGACCCUGAAAGCCGAGAUGGCGACGCUCGGUGGACGGAUUCGCAACGUAUUCAUCGUCGCUGCCGACAAGGAUCAUAGCAUCGAGUCAGUCCAUUUCUUGCAAAAUGCAUUGAAAUCUUUGCUUGAACGUUCCAAUCCGAGUGAUAGGUCUAAAAGGAGAAGAGUAUUGGACCAUAAAAUAAUAAUGUAGUAGUGACCAUAUAUAUAAAUUAUCCAUAGCCAUUGUUUAAAAGUAUCAUUUUCAAGGUUUUUUUUUUUUUAGAGUGGGUUUUUUUUUUCCCUAGUGUGACAUGUAUUUUAAUUCCAUGGUGGGUUUUGUUUAUUUUUGUGUUUUCUUUGGAUGAAAAAGAAAAAAUAGGGAAAAGAACUUUGUGUGUUGUAGAAUUAUUAGGGUUUUAGUGCCACUUUGCUCAGUUAUAUAUAAAUGUUCAAAUUUUAAUUUUCA